AUGGCUCCAAACCGACAGUUGCUGAAGAUAAUUAUUCUUGGGGAUAGCGGUGUCGGAAAGACUGCGUUGGUGCAUCAAUAUGUGAAUAAAAACUUUGACAACCGGUACAAGGCGACGAUAGGUGCAGAUUUUCUCACGAGGGAUGUGGAGAUCGAUGGCAAACUUGUCACAUUGCAAAUAUGGGACACAGCUGGGCAGGAGCGUUUCCAGUCACUUGGCUCUGCCUUUUAUCGUGGAGCUGACGCAUGUGUUCUUGUGUUUGACCUUACCGAUUCGGAAUCCUUUUCUCACAUUAAUUCGUGGUUGGAAGAGUUUCGCGCUCAAGCGGGCCAGCGGGAAUGUGUGCUGAUUGGCAACAAAUCGGACCUGACGGAGCGCCGGCAGGUGACCAGUCGCACGGCAGAAGCCUGGUGUGAAUCACUAAAAAAUGGGGAAGGUGGUGAUGCCUCUUUAGGUGCAGCUGCUGGGGAGGAAACGAUGGGAUCCAUUCAAUACUUUGAAGCAUCAGCAAAGGCAAAUGUGGGCGUGGAAGAGGCGUUCUUAACGGUAAGUAAAGCUGCGCUAGCAAAGAAAGCUACUGCGGAAGAGGGGGUGGCGUUGCCGCAAUCCAUCAGAUUGGGCCAACAAAGGCCUAGUACAAAGAAAAGCGAUUGUGCGUGCUAG